ACUGGUGGGCGAGUGGGGGUAUAAAAGAGCGAGGACGCAGGACACCAGACAAGCAAACCAACAGACUCCAGACUGAAGCAGCACUUCUGAAAGCAGAACUGUCCUCCAGAGCCACCUCAGGAUGUUGUGUCCCAGCGUCUUCCAGCCAUCCCCGGUCGCCAUGAGGCCUUUCCUGGACCUGCACUGGCCCGUCCGCAGCCUGUGGCCCGAGACCCGGCCGCUCUUCUUCCAGAUGGAGCAGGAGAUGAUCCGCCACAUGCAGGAGAUGAGGCAGAGCAUGGAGUACAUGGAUAAGCUGCAUCAGAGGAUCUUCGAUGAGAUCGACCACCCCUCCUCCACGGGAGCCUUGAAGCCCAUCACCUUCCAGGAGCUGGGGAGGAACGGCAGCGGCUUCGGCCUCAGCCUGGACACCACAGAGUUCUCCCCGGAGGAUCUGUCCGUCAAACAGGUGGGCAAGAAGCUGAGGGUGAGCGGCCGGACGGAGAAGAAGCAGGACAACGGGAAGGGCUCCUACUCUUACAGGUGCCAGGAGUUCAGGCAGGAGUUUGACCUGCCGGACGGUGUCGACCCUGAGAGCGUCACCUGCUCGCUGGUGGGGGGGCGGCUGCAGAUCCAGGCUCCCCGGGACAAAGCUCUGAAGGACGACAAGGAGAGGAUCGUCCCCAUCAGCUUAACCUCAGCGCCUGCCAUCACUUCUGCCUCCCCAAGUGGAGACCCUGAGGGAAGCAGCUCCACACCUUCAGAGACAGACUCUGAGAGAAACUGAGCAUAGAGGAGCAUCGCAUCAUUAACCCAUCUUUGUAGUUUGGUUUUAUUGGAUCAGCUGGAGGGAACAGGAAGCUGCUGUUCUUUACUUGCACUUUGAUUUUGACGUACUAACUGUUAAUAAUUUUGCCAAGGGUUUUGUCAAAUGUAAUUUAGAAUCAUAAUUCACUCAUCGUGACAAUUGUUGUGGUCGAUUAUUCUCAAAAAAGAAGUAAAACCCCAGAAGCAUCUUACUGGUUGACCCAUCUUUGUUGUAUCCUGAGCCAAUAUUCAUCACUUUUAUUCUGAACAAAUUUUUUUAAAACACUUUCGAAGCUUUGACAAAUCACAACUAUGUUGACAACAGCUGGUCUGUGACACAUUUCUGAACCUACUGUGUUUUUAUUGUAAUUAUUUGAUACCGAUAAACGUCGACAGACGACUGAACCUUCCCGAACGCUGUUACUUGUUUAAUCUGUAUAAUCUCUCUCUUCAUUUUCUGUUUCUCUCUGUACCUUCUGGAUUUCAUAAAAUGUCCCAACUUUUAUAGAAAUGCACCUUCUGUUAAUAAAUGAAUAUAAUCCA